AUGCAUAGCGUUACUUGGGGAAAUCAGUGGAGCUACGCUAUAGCUUAUUCCUUCAUUAUCAAAUAUGACAAUGCAUUGGCCCAUAAUACCUAUCAUAACCAUUCCCUGAAGAAACACCGAAGCUGUAAGAUCUCACAAACCAAACUUGAAAAUAUUGUGCAGACCUGGCAAGUUCUUAGAAACUAUUCGCAUUGAAUAUAGUGUGUCACCGUAGCCGGUUGCACGUAUAAAAAAUUGCAUCAAGAAGGUUAACUCUGCCCUUCCCAUGCAACGCUGUCAGUUUUCAAAGUAUUGCGUUGUAAUUAAUUGGAUUUGGG